ACCAAGUCUAAUCAAACCAAAGAAUUGUAAUGAUUAUGCAUAAGUAUUGUUUAUGGAACAGAAAUUUUCUUUCACCAAAAGUUCAAAACCUUGAACAAGAUCUUCAUAGUUUAUAACACGUUGGUUUUUAAAGCUGUAGAAGAACUCAGAAAAUUAAUGGCUUCAAUCUAUUUUUUGAUGCUGCUUCUGAUUACUGCUAAGUUCUCUAUAUCAACAGCUCAAGAAAAGAUCAGCCUAGGCUCUUCUCUCUCUCCCAAUACCAAUAAUUCACAUUGGUUAUCAAGUUCUGGCCUCUUUGCAUUUGGCUUCUACAAAACACAAAGCAAUGGUUUUGCAGUUGGAAUCUGGUAUGAAAAACUGAAUCAGAAGACAGUUGUAUGGACAGCGAACCCGGAUGAUCCCCCAUUGUCCCAUGAUGUUACACUGCUUUUCAGCGAUAAUGGUUCGAUUGUCUUGCAAGAUAAGAAAGGUGUAGUAAAAGCCAUCAUUGCCAAUUCCUCUCAGCCUGCAGCAACAGCUUCCAUGCUCGAUUCGGGCAAUUUUGUUCUCUACAACUUGGAUUCGACGAUCGCAUGGCAGAGUUUCGAUCAUCAAGCAGAUACCCUUUUGCCAGGACAGCCUCUGCUUCCAGGAAAUCAACUCGUUUCAGCUGAUAAAAGGUUCCGGCUUGCUAUGCAAGGAGAUGGGAAAUUGGUCCAAUACCCUGCAGCAAGUCCAAGCAGACCCUUUUUUAGUUAUUGGGAAAGUAACAUCAACAAUAAAACAGGUAACAAUGUGAGUCUUAAUCUUGAUCUUGAUGGUCAUCUUUACCUUCUCAAUGCCACUGAUCAAAAUACACAAACGAUUUUUGGUGAUGGGAAAACUUUCAAUGAGCAAGUUUUGUAUCGGUUGAAGCUAGAUGUAGAUGGAAUACUAAGAUUGUAUUCUCAUAGUUCAGUUGAUACAAACAGUGGUUGGGGUGUCAAGUGGGCUUCGGUUGGAAACAAGUGUGCCCCAAUUGGACUAUGUGGCUUGAAUUCCUAUUGUGUUCUUACAGAUCAAGAUGGAGAACAAGAUUGUGCAUGCCCACCGGGCUUUGAUUUUGUCGAUAAGCAAAGUAGAAACUUAGGCUGCCAGAGAAAUACAAGCAUAGAUUGCAUUGCUCAGAGCCAAAAUGAUCAUCAUAAUCAUGAUGAAGAUUCCCAUUUUUCUUUUGUUGAGCUUGAUGGGAUUGUGUGGAGCAAUGAUGACUCGUAUUCUGCUAAUACAGCGAUCAACAAGUCAGCUUGCAAAGAUGAAUGCUUAAAGGACUGUAAUUGCCAAGCUGUUCUGUUCCGAAAAAACAACAAUAGGUGUGUUAAACUAACAACACCAUUGAGAUAUUCAAGAAUCAGGAGAGAAGACCUCCUUACAACCAUUAUCAAAGUCCGUACAACAAGUUUUAGUGGCAAGGAUAGAGCCAAUGAUCAUCAUCAACAAGCAGUUAAAAGUGGAAUCUUUAUUACUGGCAUGGUAGUUUCGAGUUUGGGAAUCAUUGGCUUAGUAAUUUCGGGUGUUCUUAUCUACAGAUUCCGUACUUUGUAUUACCAAAGGAUUGGGAAUCUAGAUCAUGAUAAGUUUCUUGAUGAUGUCUCUCUUAGACCAUACACGUUUGGUGAGCUAGAAAAGGCCACAAAUGGUUUCAAAGAUCAAGUGGGAAGAGGCGCAUUCGGAACAGUUUUCAAAGGAGUGAUUACAUCAAACAGUUGGAGGACUAGUAAAGUUGUGGCUAUUAAGAGACUAGAGAGAGUAAUCGCGGACGGAGAACGAGAGUUCAGAAAUGAAAUGACAGUAAUAGGAAAAACCCAUCACAGAAACUUGGUCAAACUCCAUGGUUACUGUCAUGAAGGAUCAAACAGGCUGCUGGUUUAUGAGUACAUGAAAAAUGGUUCUUUAGCUGACUUUCUCUUUAAUUCCAAGACAAGAAAGCCUAAUUGGGAAGAAAGAAUUGGAAUAGCAUUAGAUAUAGCUAAAGGUAUAGUUUACUUACAUGAAGAAUGUGAAACUCAGAUAAUCCACUGUGAUAUCAAACCCGAAAACAUACUAAUGGACGAUCAAAACUCGGCGAAGAUAGCAGAUUUCGGGCUGGCUAAACUACUUAUGCCUGAUCAAACCAGAACUUAUACUGGUUUGAGAGGAACAAGAGGGUAUCUGGCACCUGAAUGGCAUCGAAAUAUGGCGAUAACAGUGAAAGCAGAUGUUUAUAGCUUUGGAAUCAUGGUUUUGGAGAUUGUUUGCUGUAGAAGGAGUAUGCAAAUGGAUGUUCCCGAAGAAAAAGUUGUUCUUGCCAAUUGGGUUUAUGAGUGUUUCAUGUAUGGUCAACUAGAAAGACUGGUAAAAGAAGAUGAUGAUGAAGAUGAUCGUGUAGAGAUGAGUGAAGUGGAGAAAAUGGUUAAGUUGGGACUUUGGUGCAUUCAAGAGAAUUCAACUUUGAGACCUACCAUGAAGAAAGUUUGUCUUAUGUUGGAAGGCAUUAUAGACAUUCCUGCUCCUCCUAAUCCAAUCUCAUAUUCUGGUUAGACAAUUUUCCAUAUACAUGUACUAUAGUGUUUUUGUGAUGAUUAAGAGCAGAAUCAGUAAUUUCAAUCAACAGAACAAAGUUGUAAAAAUUGUUGUAAUUCUUUACUAAUAACCCAAAAAAUAUUAAACAUGGAUCUUUAUUGUCACUACA